GAUAACGAGUCUGAUUGCGAGACGGGGUUGGGACUUGGGAAUCCAUAUAAAACCGUUGCAUAGACGGGCUGUUUACAGUAUGCUCCGAUUUGUGCAGUUGAUGACAAUAAAUAGGUAAUAUUAAAAGUAUAACAACAUUAUAUUGGUAUACUGUUGGACAUUGGCUAGGUCGUAUAUUUUAUUUCCAUACUUAUUGUCUUGGACACUGAACUAUUAUUAAAAUGGUCAUCGGUAAAAAGAAUGUGAAAACCUUUGAGGUUGUUUUCCAUGAUCCUUCAAAGGCUUUUUACUCCAGUGGCGACAAGAUUGCGGGGAACAUUGUGGUUGAAGUGUCUGAGGUGACUAAGGUGUCCGCAAUUAGAGUGUUUGGAAUUGGAUGCGCAACGGUCGAGUAUGCGAAAGGAAAGCAGCGGUGUCGUGAAGACAUUGAAUAUCUGAAAUACGAAGACACCGUUGAUUUGGACCGCCAGACCAGAGAUCCUGAUGGCUCUGUCACUCUCAAGCCUGGGACAAAAUAUGAGUACAUGUUUGGUUUUGAGCUGCCACAGCCUGGGCAACUGGUGUCAUCCUACCAGGGGAAGUAUGGCAGUGUCCAGUAUUAUGUCAGGGCUGUGAUGGAGAGGCCUUCCCACCCUACCUUGGAGUGCAAGAAACCCUUUGAAGUGGAGGAGCCUUUGGACAUCAACACACCUGACAUCCUGGCUCCAGCCACAGGUGUAAAGGACAAGAAGCUCACCUGCAUGUUCAUCCCAGAUGGACGUGUGUCCAUCUGUGCCAAGAUCGAACGCAAGGGCUACUGCGAGGGCGAGGAAAUCUCCAUAAGUGCCAAGUUUGAAAACACCUGCUCGCGCAUUGUGGUGCCCAAGGCGGCCAUCGUGGCCAAACACACCUACCAGGCCAAUGGCAGGACCAAGGUUCUGAGACAGAAGCUCUCGACCGCGCGAGGCAACCAUAUCAUCUCGGGAAUGUCUGACAUGUGGCAGGGCAAGACCAUCCGAGUGCCCAAGCUCAAGCCCUCACUCCUGGGGUGUGACAUCAUUCACUUGGACUAUGUCCUCAUGAUCUAUGUCCACAUUCCCGGCAGUGACAAGGUGGUCGUAGAGUUACCCCUGGUCAUUGGAACUGUCCCGUUCAGUGACUUUGGCAGCCGAACCAACAGCAUGAGCAGCCAGGCGGAGUCCCUCGACACACCCUCCAGUAGCUUUUCGUCCCUGCGUCUCCCAUCACAACCCCCCAGCUACAGCAACAUCUCCCGUGACUGCUUCAUGGAUUCCCCCCUCACACCGCUGCUGGACUGUGAAGAUGAUGAUGAAGGACUCUUUAUGCGCCCCCCAAAGUUCCAGUACCCUCCUCCCCCGGCAUACACUGAGGUAGAGGGGUGGGGAGUUGGAGAUGGACAUUUUGAAGGUUGACGAGGAUCUGAAUAGCAAUGACUAUGUUCUUCAAGUCUCCUAGAGCAAAUGGAAGUUACGAUCUAUCACUGUUGUAGUCAAAGCACUGGAAGUUUGCCUUUGUGAGACAAGGGAAUGGGCUGGUGAUUGGUUAAAGAGUAUCACAGCGGUGAACCAGAGGGAGCGUGGGACCCUAACCAUGGAAACCUUAAAGGAACUGAAAUGUGGACUUGACAAUCAGUUUGAAGUGACACUUCAAGUUGAAGGUCUAUAAAUUGCAUUGCAGUCUUUACCAGAAACUGAUCGUUAUAUGUCUGUCUAUAACAAUCUAGUCAACCAUCUAGUCAUUCCAAGGUAGUUCUAGUGUGUUCAAGCAUUGACAAUUGCUAUAUUGUUCUCUCAGAGAAUAAAACAAUGGUAGAGUAAACAUCCAUACAUUGAGUGUGCACAACUAUCUUCUUAUGCCAGACAGAUGUAAUGCACUGACCAUGCAAAAGUAAUGAUGGGAUAUAAAGCAUUUCGACUAUAAAUGUAUAAGUACUUUUGGAUAAUAAAACAUUUGUGUAUUUAUAGUCUUCUAGAUUUAUACUAGGCAGUAUAACACUAUUGUUAACUCAAAGGUUUAUGGCUGAAGAAAGGGACGUCAUGCUUAUUACCAAGCUUGUUGACUGGGAGUUACUAAAUCUAUGAUUGUUUUGAAUUUGUAUGUAAAAAAGUUUAUAUAAUGAGACCCUAUG